AAUAGAGUUUAUUAAAACAUAAUUCAAUUGGCAGCUUGCACAUUGACUACUGGUUGUUUUUCAUAUUUUAUCUCAGCAUUCUUCACACACACCUAUGAUAGGUACAACGAGUUGGCAGUUGGUAGCUAGAGAACUCGUGUUAAUAACUGGUAGGCUAAUAUAUUAUUUCAUGCGAAGAUGCACAGGCACCCUGAGGAUUUUUACCUUUACCCAUUAAAAUACAAUGAGUUAAAUCGGGGAAACUAUAACAUCAGCUCGAUAACUAGCUAUCAUUACAUGCGAAUUGAACGCUUCCAUUUAAAUCGUUUAGGUUAUUUAAGUCUCUUGAGCUAGCUAGCAUAGCAACUAGAUAACUAUAGCAACCAAAAAACACAACUUUAGCUGCACAGUUUAAUUUCUCAAACUCAGCUCACCAAUACAUAAAAAAAAAAGAUCGUUGGGUUCAAAGUGAUCACAACGACGUUGUAUGAUGUUAAAUGGAUGACAGACAUUAAACAAUCCCCUCGGAAACACUCGGAUAUCAAUGUAAUCUUGGCUAAUAAUUAAACGUACUGGUGGCUUUCCAUUCGUCUGCAUUUGCAUUGUUGUAUUUUGUGGCAGAUUCAUCGGGGUAAAUCAUUAUGGUUACAUACUGUUACAUAUAUAUAUCGGGGUAAAAUCCAUCAAGCAUCUUUGUAACACAGCAGGGAGGCAUUAUACAGGAGGGAAUAUUUCCUCACUUGCAUCUUUGUUACAGAGCAGGGAGGCAUUAUACAGGAGGUGCUAAUUUCUCACUAGCUCCGCUUUGUGAGGGAUUGCUCAAUCUGACGUGAGGCGCCGCUCUUUGCCUUACCCCGCUUGUCUCCUCUGCUCAGGUCACGAGCAAAUUCAGCUAUUUUGGUUAUAAAAUUAUUUAAGAUCAUUGGAAUCAUACAAAAAUUACAUUUAUAGCACAGAUAAGUAGAACAUAUUAAUAUCUGGGUUUUUUUCAUUAUAUAAUUUAACAUAUGUGUUGUGUUUUUAUUAUCUUAAUUUCUAAUGGACCAAUGAUAAUUCGUGAAUACACUAUGCCCGCGAAAUCGCGGAGCGAGCUGUCAGUUGAAGUCUAUCAAAAAUGGAUGGUGAACGUACUUGUCCUCCGCUGAAAAAGCGGCGAAUUUCUGAACAGCGCUUCAAGCUAGAAUAUAACGCAGAAUGGCCGACCAUCACCCGGUCGAAGCUGGACGACUUCCACGCUUACUGUAUGUUGUGUAAGACAGAUUUUAGCGUGAGGCAUGGGGGCCGACACGACGUUGAAAAGCACAUCAGGACUGCUAAACACACGUCAUACAAGGCGGCAGUGGAAGCUACAAGGCCCAUCGCGGGCUUCUUUACGGUUGACAGUGACACCAGUGUCAUAAAUGCCGAAGUGCUCGCCGUGGACUUUCUGGUGGAACACAACAUCCCGAUCGCGGUGGCCGACCACAUCGGGCCACUGGUGAAAAAGAUGUUUCCGGACUCGAAAAUCGCUGGAAAGUAUGGGUCUGGUCGCACAAAGAGCAGCGCCAUUGUUGGAGCUCUUGCCAAGGAGGAUGCGUCUGUGAUCACGGAGGCAAUGAGGACAGCUCCAUACUCCCUAGCCACGGAUGGGAGCACUGACUAUGGAGACUGUAAGCUGUAUCCUCUUGUUGUGAAGUACUUUGAUCGAGGACUUGGGCGUGUUCUGACAGUACUCCUAUCUUUGCCAGAGUGUCAUGAGGCAUCUACUGGGCAGAACAUAUUCAAACUCAUUGACAAUGAACUUGAGAAACGUAGCAUAUCCUGGGACAACUGCAUGAGUUUUGGGGCAGAUAAUGCCAUGGUGAUGCAGGGACUCAAAGCUGGCACGGCAGGCUACAUCAACAAAAAAAACAGUGCAGUAUAUGUGCUGGGAUGCCCGUGCCAUCUAAUUCAUCUAGCUGCAGAAAAAGCUGCUGCUCAGCUUCCAGUGUCCAUUGAAGAGCUGCUGGUGGACAUAUACUUCUACCUAGACAAAUCCAGCAAGAGGAAACAGGGACUGAAGAAAUUUCAGGAUCUGUGUGGAGUGGAAAUGAGAAAGAUUGUUAAACAUGUAAGUACGAGGUGGCUCUCUUUAGAUAAAUGCAUCGCCAGGUUGUUGCAGCAGUGGCCUGCAUUGCUGCAAUACUUUGAGUCAGAACAGUCUGGGCACAGCAGCAAGGACAAGACCACGCAGAGCAGCAGCAAGGACAAGACCACGCAGAGCAGCAGCAAGGACAAGACCACGCAGAGCAGCAGCAAGGACAAGUCCACCCACAGUGUUAGCAAGGACACAUCAACCCACAGUAGCGGCAGCAAGGACAAUUCUCAGUUUGAUUUGGCAGGCUAUCUCUUUCGCCAACAAAACCUAGCCAAAUUCUGUCAGGGAAAGAAAACACCAGCAGCUGCAACCACACAGCCCAAGACUGCAACGGCAAAGCCCAACACAUCUAGCGCUGCACCCACUCGGCCCAAGACAUCUAGCACUGCACCCACUCAGCCCAAGACAUCUAGCGCUGCACACACUCAGCCCAAGACAUCUAGCACUGCACCCACUCAGCCCAAAACAUCUAGCACUGCACCCACUCAGCCCAAGACAUCUAGCACUGCACCCACUCAGCCCAAUACAUCUAGCACUGGAGCCACUCAGCCCAAGACAGGGGCACAACAGAGAGUGCAGAGGGCAUGUCAACAUCUGCAGGACCCAACAUUCCAUCUUUACUGCUACUUUCUAAGUGCGGUCCUGCCGAUAUUUGAUGAGGCCAACACUCUGCUGCAGCUAGACAAACCCUGCAUACAAAUACUACACAGGACUUUGACCACACAGCUGAAGAAUCUCUUGAACCGAUUUGUGAAGCCUCAGGUGAUCAAUGCAGCUGCUAAGGUUCACCAGGUACCAUUCAGGGAACCAAGCAACCAGAAGAGCAAUGAGACCUUGUUCAUUGGGCAAAACACCAGAGACUUCAUAAGAGAUCACCCUGAGCUUGAGGAGCUGCAGCUUGCCCAGGUCUUCAGCGCUGUGCGGGCAUUCUACAUGAAGGCUGUUGAGUACAUGGUGAAGAAGUUUCCCUAUGAUGACCCAGUGAUAAGGAAUGCUUCUGUGGCUGACAUGUCUGCACGGGACAGCGCAGACUUCAAUUCUGUGAGGUACUUCACAGGCAGAUUCCCCUGCUUGAAGAUGAGUGCUGAGGAGAUGGACAAGCUUGAGGGUCAAUUCAUGACCUACCAAACCGAUGCUCUGCCAGAAAGCAUCACCAGCUGUGACAGACCAGACACACAGUGGCACCUGAUGAGUCAGCUGAAGGAUGGAAAUGGCCAUCUCAAGUACCCUUUACUCUGCAAGGUAAUGCUGGCUAUCCUCUGCAUCUUCCAUUCCAAUGCAGACUGCGAACGCAUCUUCAGUCUUGUCACAAAAAACAGAACGGAGUUCAGACCUAGUAUGGGAAUGGAGACCCUGAGUAACCUCAUUACCCACAAACAAUUCAUGGUGGCAAAGGGGUCUGUCUGCUACAAGCAGGCGUACUCCAAGACAACUCUUGCCAAGGCCAAGUCAGCAACCUAUGACCAUCUAAAGUGAGAGGUUGAUGAGAUGGUCAUGUCACAGCCAAAGGUUCCCUUGAGUUGAACUCUGUUCUAAAAAAAGGCUGUGUAAAGGUUUUUCAUGUGUUAUUGUUCAGUAUUGUUUCAUGAUGAAUUCUGUUCGGUUAAUAAAAAUAUUUUUGUUGUGUAUGUUGGUGUUUAAUUGUGUGCAACAGUACAGGGAAAAGGAGAAAUUAUACACGAAAAACAUGUCCUAAUAUGACCUAGAUUGCAUCUCAGAGCAUGUAAAGUCUCUGGCUUCUGAUAAGAUAAGAUAACUUUUAUUAAUCCUGUAAGGGAAUUGCACAUGUUAUAGCAGCAGGGUGAUAGGAAAAGGAAUAGGGAAC